CCGCUUCCGUGAUCUGCAGAAUAUGGCGCCUCCGGUAACUCUGAAUCUCAGUAACGAGGUUGUGAAGAUGAGAAAAGAAGUGAAGAGAAUACGAGUUUUGAUCAUCAGAAAACUUGUCAGGAGUGUUGUCAGGCUAAAGUCAAAAAAGGGUACUGAUGAUGCACUGUUAAAAAAUCAAAGACGUGCACAACGAUUGCUUGAAGAAAUCCAUGCCAUGAAAGAAUUGAAACCUGAUACAGUAACUAAAUCUGCUCUUGGUGAUGAUAUCAACUUUGAAAAAAUCUGCAAAAAGCCAGAUUCUACUGCAACUGAAAGAGCAAUUGCCAGACUAGCUGAACACCCUGUACUGAAGAAAAAAAUAGAUACACUGAAAGCUACUGUCCAAGCCUUUAAAGAGGCAAGACAAACUGCUACUGAAGUUAAGAACACUGCAGAAGAUCAUUUUAAGGACACUUUGUAUUCAGUUGAUGAAGAAAGUAAGUCACAGCGUGAAGGAUCUAAGACCACUGAGCAGAAAUUGAAAGAAGCCAAAAUCCAGGCAAAGAAACCAAUAAAUAAUCCAAAAGAAAGAAUCCCCAAAAUGGAACAUGGACCCAAAACAGUGAACAUUCCAAAUUCCUUGUCAAAGCCUUUAGAAAAGGAUUCUAUAACUUCCUGUGAGUCCCAGAAGACUCCUGCUGACCCAAACAUGAAAGUAUUAAGUCAAAUAAAUAAAAAGAAAGGAUUGGAUAGCUUGCUUGGUGAUGACAGUGAUAGCGAACAAGAAUUAUAUGAAGAAGAAAAGGAGUAUUUUGAUGAUAGCACAGAAGAAAGGUUCUACCAACAGUCUUCUAUGUCUGAAGAGAGUGACAGUGGUGAUGACUUCUUCAUUGGGAAAGUCAAACGGACACGAAAGAAGGAAAGUAGUUGUCAUAUUUCAGCUGAGGAACAAAAACCUCUCCAACAAGUGUUAUCCAGAGAAGAUAUACGUGAAACCCAUUGGAGUGGGGAUGCAAGAAAUGACAAAAACAAGCCAAGUACAAAAGACAUGAAGUUUGAAUCAUUGUUUUUUAACUCUUUAUCUGGUUCUAAAAGUUCUAGAAGAGAGCAUAGAGAGCAAGCUCCAAAAACUAAAAUCUCAGAAAAUGAACCUCCUAUUAAGAAUCACUGUACAAAGAAUGCACAAAGAAGACUUGAAAAUACAAGCCAGCCAUUCAGCGCACCUCUUCAUCCUUCGUGGGAAGCAAGCAGAAAGCGGAAAGAACAGCAGUCUCUAACUGCUGUGUUUCAGGGGAAAAGGAUUACGUUUGAUGAUUGAUUAGUCCCCUUUUUUUAAUGAACUUUCUACCUAAAAUUGAUUCCUUUUUUUUUCUAACCUCUUAUUUCAAAUUGUAUUUUUUAUUCUUUUUGGAGGCCUUAUAAAUUAUGUUUGUUUUUAUUGUGUUGUGUUUACAUAAGUCUUUUAUAAAUUGAGUACAUCCUUAAAUUCAUUUUUAAUGGUAUGCUCCAAGUUAUUUCUUCCAUAAUAAAAUUAGGAGAUUAUAGCAAUCUAAGCUUUUCUCAUUUGGGCUUAUCAUGAAGUAUAUUUUCAUAGUUCAGCUUUGAAAUGUCAAGUUAUAGUUAAAAUAAUGAUGGAUAAAAAUAGAUCACCUUUAUUAUGUUAUUAUUAGCACACCAAAACUAGUAACUUUUAUUCUGGAUAUACACAUAAUAUAAAAAUAACAAGUUUUUGAAAGGUUCCAGCCUGAGUACAGAGUGCUAA